AUGGUGGUGCUUCGCGAGACUGGCCGCCUCACGGUGCGGCUUACGAUUGCCAUGUCUGCUCUCGCUAUACUAGCCGUUGUUGUUCGGCUUAUUGCGCGGAAUAAAGUCAAAUUGACUUUUAAUCUCGACGAUGUAUUUAUCCUCCUAGGGCUUCUAUUCUUUCUUGGUGUAGAAGCCAGAAUUUACACUUCGGGCGGAACACUCGAUGAAUCUCAAAUGAACUUGAACGAAUUGAUAAACCUCUUCAAAUACAUCUAUGCGCUAGAAUCCUUCGUCACGACAUCCAUUACCGCCAUCAAAAUCUCCAUUCUAUUGAUGUACCGCCGAAUCUUUCCAAUCGCCGAGUUUCAACGAUAUGCCCUCGUCGUCGGCGUGUUAGCUGCGUGGCAGCUUGAUUUGUUGAUGGAUGGGCAGGCGACAUGUCUGACAUAUGGACAUUUCAUUAUCGGAUAUGAGAUUUCCAAUAUGCUACUUGAUAUCGCCAUAUUGAUGCUCCCUAUUCGAGUACUGCGCACACUCCAGCUGUCGAUGACGAAGAAGGUAGUCGUCGGGGCAAUAUUUAUUCUGGGUGGCUUUAUCGUUGUCGUUUGCAUCAUCCGUACCGUGUACUUGAGCAAUGCAACUCUUGAAAAUCCUGUCGCACUAUACAACGGUCUCAAUUGGACAUCAGUCGAACUGGCUGUUGCCGUCCUCUGUGCUUGUAUUCCGACUUACGGCCCCCUACUUCCUACACAGAGAGCAGUCCGAGCACUGAGUUCUUGGGGCUCUCACAACAAAAGUCGGGCUGGUAACAGAAUGUUCAAGUCGUUUGGGUACGAGCGACAGUCUGAUAAUAAUGAGUUGGAACACUUAUCAGAGCCGUCGACGCAAGCAUGA